AUAUCAGCCUGUCUCCAACUCUGCGUGCAGACGUGCUCCUCGGCUCACCUUACCGCAACUUCCCUUUCUGCUGUCUCCAAUUCGGCCAGCCCUCUCACUUGUCCGACAUCCUUAAUUGAUUGCUGUUUCCCUAGUUGUUGGCCCUGGUGGUAUUUCUGCUGUGGUGGUGGUGGUGGUGGAAAUGGUGAUGCUUUGUCUCAUUCCAGCGCCAUGUCUGCAUGUCUGAAAGGCCCGAAAGAGACUCGUCGGCCAGCCGUCCUUUUCUUCUCUUGCGGAAGCUGA